AUGGAAGCUUUGAAUCAUCUUGAUUUUCUCAAAGAUUCCUUAUUAAAGGAACAUAGUAGAAAUGAUGGUCGUUCUUUUAAUGAUUCAAGACCCAUUCGUAUUACCGAGAAAUGCUUUAAAGACGGCCAAUCUUCUUCAUUAAUUUCACUCGGCAAAACAAUUAUUGCAACCAAAAUAGUAGCAACACCACAACCAAUUGCUCCUUCAUUCAAUGUCGUUAUUAAUAGAUCUGCUGUUUCAUUAGUUUCAGGAAAAGGCGCUGUUGAUCAGACACUUAGUGCAUUUAUUACUGUUUUAGUGAAUAAAUUACUUCCUAUGAGUGAGUUAGAAAUAGCUCGUCCAGAUCCUCACAAUCCAUUUCAUUCUAAUAUUAAGAUUUGGGGCUGGAACCUCAAAUUCUACCAAACAAUUAUUAGCGAUGACGGUGGUGUUGAAGUUGCAUCUGUUUUGGGCAUUCAAAAUACAUUGCAAACGUUGGAAUUACCUAAUUAUAACUUAGAUGAUGAAGCCAAGCUUGUUGACGCUGGAACAUCACAUAAAAUCAACAUAUUAUCACUUUACGCAAAGAAUUUCUCAAUUCUUACAGAUGAUUGCGAUCCAGAUAAUGAUGAUGUGAAUAAAAUCAUUCUCGUUGAUCCUACAUCAGAUGAAGAGAAAAUUGCUUUUGGAUGUUGCACAGCUGUGUACUCAAAUGAAGAAAAACCAAAAUUAUUAGUUUUCAAUACCACAGGAAAGUUCGCAAUUACAGAAAAGCGUCUUGACUAUAUUAGUAGAGUCUCUACAAGAUAA